GUUUGUAUUGAUGAAUUUGGAUAAUGGGUGGAAUCAAAGCCAGAAAAAUACAUAUGUUCAACGCGCUUUUUAUAAGUUGCACGCUGAUAAUGCUGACUUUGACAAAGCAUUUAUAUGGAUCAGAAUGCCAGAUUUCAUGUUUUGAAGAUUCCUGUUACAUGUUGCAAAACCAAGGACCGAAUUGGAACGAUAACAGAAUAUUAUGUCAAAAGCAGGGGGCUGACCUAGUUUCCAUUGAAACCGUAAAAGAAUGGAACUUUUUAAAUGACUUGAUUCAAAAACCCAAAUGGAAAUAUAAUAAGUGGAUGAUUGGUUUGGAAAAAGAAGCCGGCAAUUGGACUUGGGUGAGUGGAAAACCACUGACCAUUUGCAAAUGGGAUAAAAACCAGCCAAGUGACGACGGAGAUGUGGCAAUAAUAGUCAAGACGUCUUUGAAUGAUAGUAAAGUGGGCCUAUUUCAAGUGACCCACCGGGAUCAGCCUUAUGCCUCAAUUUGUGAAAUUACCAAAGGUAAGACGCAACACAAUUGA